AUGGAAGUGAUCGGGGCCAUCAACGAAAAGACCAUGGGCUUUGAGGGAAUGAAGGUUCCCGUCACGGUAGUUGUGGAUACGGACACAAAAAAGUAUGAGAUCGAGAUCGGCAUACCGUCGUCUGCUGCCCUCAUAAUGAAGGAGAUCGGAAUCACAAAGGGCUCCGGAGCGUCCGGCACCGAGUGGGUAGGCGACGUAUCCAUGGACUCGAUAGUCAAGGUUGCAGGCACGAAGCUGGAGGCAUCAUAUGCCACCUCGCUAAAAUCGGUUGCAAAGACCAUAGUAGGCACCUGCCUUGCCCUGGGCAUCAAGGUGGAGGGCAAGACACCCAAAGAGAUAACCGCCGAGAUCAACGAAGGCAAGUGGGACGAAAAGCUAUAG